AUGUUAACAAAAAAUACCAUACAACAGUCACUAUCGAAGACACCUCUUCCUCAAGUGAGGGAAUCAUUUGAUUUGGAAAAUGAGAAAGAAAGGGACAGCCCAAAACAUGGCAUCUCUGAAGACAAGCAGGAGACUUUCGCUCCGUUCAUCUCAGAGCGAGCUGUGAACCAGCCACGCCCGCUUAAGGUUAUCUACAUCGGUGCCGGCAUCUCGAAAAUUCUGGCUGCUAUUAAAUUCUGCGAAGCGGUGCCUGAAUUGGACCUGAUAGUUUAUGAGAAGAAUCCUGAGCUAGGAGGGGCUUGGUAUGAAAAUUAUUAUCCGGGCUGUGCAUGCGAUGUUCCAUCACACGUGUACCAGUUGAGCUUCGAGUCAUGGACAGGCUGGAGUCAACUUUACUCCGGCGCAGAUGAAAUUCGAGAGUACUGGAAUUGUCCAUGUGAUUCAUAA